UGUGCCGUAAGCCUGAAUCGAUCUAGAAGUCUUUUGCGAAUCCGAAUCGGAGGUUCGCCUUCGGAGGCCUCAGAACCUGAAGCGACGAACCUUUUAGAUACGAUUUUAUGCCCCACCGGCUCAUGACCGACUAAACACGCACUGUCAAUGUGUUUCGGCGUCUUCACCUUUUAUGCCGAACCGGUUCCAUGUGCGCAUUACCACCAUGGAAUGGCUUCGGUCGGCCCAUCAGCGCACUUGCAUUCAUCAUUUGCACACUGGUUCUUCUUUGAAGAACCCUCAACUUGAUUCCUAUAAAAGGUUUCGUUUCAUCUUUGCCGGACCCAGCUUCCCCUGCACAUCACUCAUGCAAUGAAACCUGAAAACGGUACCGGACAUGCACAGAAUCCUCCUCACAUCGCAGUCGAAGUUGGAUGCCCAGCCGUUGCUUUCUGUAACGAAGUUAAGACAGAUAUCGAACACACUUUUGUGGAAGAUGAUCCUCGGAAGUGGGGAAAUGCUCGCAAGACCGCCAUCCUUAUCAUUGUUUCAGCCGGCUCUAUGAUCGCAGGGUUAGCCGUCAGCAUACAAAACCCUGCAAAUGCCCAAAUUCAGAGGGACCUACAGGCGUCUACCUCAGAAAUAAGCUGGACAUUAUCAGUCUUUAUUCUGGUUCAGGGAGUUCCUGGACUUAUAUGGAGCGCCAUCAGCGAAAUCAAGGGACGCAAGGUUGUUUAUGUAUCAUCUGUGGCACUAUUUGUGGUUGCCUCGGCCAUUGUCGCCGUGUCCAAAUCUAUCGGCCUGGUAAUUGGAAUGAGAGGCCUUCAAGCUGCCGGUUCGAGCGCACUUAUGUCAGUCGCUGCAGCCACACUAGCAGAUAUCUACGAACCCCAUGAGCGAGGUAUUAAAAUGGGUAUAUAUUAUUCUGCUCCGCUCUUGGGGCCGGCUCUGGGCCCAAUAUUGGGUGGUGUGCUGACAGAAGGCCUGGGCUGGCGCUCGGUCUUCUGGUUUAUCACCGCCUGCGCCGGAGUUGUUCUCUUUGCUUUGGUUUUUCUAUUCAAAGAUACAUUCAGGAAGGAGCGUAGUUUGACAUAUCAGAAUGUCCUGCAAAUGAGGGUAAAGGAGGAACACUCGAGGAAAUCCAGCCAGAUCAUUCUUGCGCCUCCCGCCACUGAAAAGCCCGCACAAGUUGUACUAGAAAGAAUGGCCUCUACGCAGGAAACAGGGGAUCAUGACGUUGAGGCUAAUACACCUGUCGUUGCAUCUGCUUCAAAUACGAAAGAUAUCAACUUGACGCUCGCAGAUGCCAAUCCCUUCCCUCCUCUUCUGAAGAUUCUGAUGCGCUCGAAUAAUCUCGUAAUAUUGUUUGCUUCUGGUUUGAUAUUCGCUUUCAACUACAGCAUUUCGUACACUUGUUCAAGGACAUUAUCUGAGUACUACGACUAUGACGCUCUUGAGAUUGGCCUAGUUCUACUCUCGUAUGGGAUAGGCUGUAUAUGUGGAUCCGUACUUGGCGGCCGCUGGUCUGACCGAACACUCACCAGGUUGAAGGAAGAAAAUGGAGGCCAAAGUUUCGCCGAGAUGCGAUUGGCCAGCACCCGUCCUGCCAUGUUGUUCUUGCCACCGGCCGUAAUUGGAUACGCUUGGGUUUGCGAGAAGCACGUUAAUGUCGCAGGCAUAUGCAUCAUGCUCUUUCUCUCGGGAUUCUUCGCAAUAUGGGUGUAUGCAAGCACCCUGGCAUACAUUGUGGAUGCUAACCCGGGCUGUUCGUCGACGGUCGUUGCCACAAACAGCGCAUUUCGAUGUGUGUUUGCUUUCGUUGCUACUGAAGUAGCUAUUCCGAUUCAGGUCGCCAUUGGUGAUGGCGGUCUGUAUACUCUAUGGGGCGGUAUUAUGAUAAUAAUGGAAGUCCUAACACUAACCGUCCUUUAUAAGGGCAAGAAAUGGCGAGAGGCGUGUGAGGAGAAAGACAAGCAAAAGUCGGAACAACCCCGAUCGUGACGCUGAGAGGUGCUUCUUGCUAUACUCGAGAAACUUACAUUAUAGGCCCAUUUUCAGAAAACAUUCGUAUCCACAUAAUAUUUUAGACUCAUUUCUUGAGAGAACUUCCCCACUUAUACUUACUCCCGUGUAGUAGGAUAUGUAUAUGACCUUGCCGGUUUCUCUGGCUAAUCGCAAUUCCUAUUAAAUUGA